ACCCCAUCCUACUAGUCCAACAUGCCUCCCCCAAAAUCGAAAGGCGGUAAAAUGCUCAGUCUCAUCAACUGGAGACUGAAGGUCACGAUCAACGACGGACGAGCCCUCACCGGCCAGAUGCUCGCGUUUGACCGUCACAUGAAUCUUGUCCUUGCAGAAUGCGAGGAGUUCCGACGUGUCCGACCGAAAAAGAAGGCAGGGGAGGCAGAAGCAGGGCCAGAGCAGGAGAUGAAGAGGACACUGGGGCUCGUCAUUUUGCGCGGUGAGACUGUGGUGAGCAUCAGUGUAGAAGGGCCUCCUCCUGUUCAGGACGAUGACAAAAAGAGCUCGCUGCCUGCCGGUCCUGGUCGUGGCAUGCCUGCGGGGCGGGGUAUGGGAAUGAUGCCUCCUAUGGGACCCCCAUCUGUCGCCCGUCCACCCAUGCCGUUUGCUCCUCCUGGAAUGCCGGGGGCACCACCUGGUUUCCACCCUCCUGGUUUCCCUCCUCAGGGUAUGCCCUUCCAAGGUCCACCACCAGGCUUUGGUGGCCCUCCUCCAGGUUUCCAACCACCCCCGCAGUAGAAUCUAAAAAUUUGUAUCAUGCUUCUUGUCGUGCACAGCGGAUCCUGGUGCCACGGCAAACUCGGGCUGACCUCUUGAUCGACACGAGAGGGUGGGUGUUCUCUUUUUUCUUCAGUCUGCCUGAGCCCCAAACUUUGCAGGCGCUUAUGGAGUCCGGUAAUAACGGUGGCGUCGACUCUAGCAAUGCUGUAGCUUCUUGCGUGUUUUGCACCCGCUAUGUGUAUGGUCCGACGACUCAUUCUUCCUUUACCUCGCGCUGGGCUCCUCUGGCUCUUCUUACCCAAUAAUAU